CACUAAUUUAUAGAUCAGCAUAAAAACAAAAGUAGCAAUAGAAAAUAUAAAGCACGAUUUAUGGAAAGUGAAAUUCCGCCAGUUUAAAGAAAUUUCGUUAGCAUUUCAUUUCAAAUGCAUGCUCUAGACAUUAAGAAAAAAAAAAAAAAAAAACGGACCCUGCUCGUCAUCAUCUACCAGCUACGCAUGUGUUAAAAGCUGUUGGAUAAAGCCACAAUGACUCUACUAUCAAUUAUCACCCUGAACUUGGGAUAAGCAACAACAGUAAAACGAAUGGGCAGAGGUAUAUAAAUGUUGGACCUGGCGUAGAGUGCAUCAUCAGUUCUGCAGCAACUGUGCAAGUGAUACAGUGAUAUACAAAAACACAGGAAUAUAAACUCAAGAAAAUAAUGAAUAAAACAACGAUAUGGUAUGCGGCGGUGCUGCUUGUGAUCUAUUUCACUUUGGUGUUCUGCGAUGAAACGCCGGAAAAUGCUGAGACUCAAGUAAUGAAUACGAACUCGGAUAUGGAUAUGGAAACAUUACUUAAUACUGGCCGAGAGCUUUUGGAAUUCGAAGGACGCACACGUCGUCAUCGCCAUCGCCUAUGGUUUCGCCAUCUGUGGCCAUUGGCCAUUGCCUAUUGGAUCAAGGUGAAAGUAGUCAUCGUAUCUUUCUUUGUGGGUAGCGCCAUUUACUUGGGUCUGCGCUACUUCUGGCCCCACGCCCGAUGCAAUCAGGAGGUGAUUCUUGAUCAUCCCCCUCCAUCCUUUACCCAAGAUCAUAUUCCAUACUCUCUUGAACAUCAUCAUGAGCAUGAGCAUGAGCAUUAUGGAUCACCUUCCUCGUACGACCCGAGUCCCUCUUUUGAUCCCUACUCGGGCUACUCCAGCUACUCGGGUUACUCUUCCAACUCCGAUAUUGUGUCUGAUAUACACAGCGACUCUCCACUUAGUUCUGCACCAAGUGGGCCGACUGGACCCGCUGAUGGUUCUAAUACGCUUCGCCGUGGCAGACGUAGCGUUGAUAGCUUCGACGUACAGGAUAAUGUGGAAGUUGAUCAGGAGGAUCAUGUGGAGAUUAUCGAUGAGGAGAUCUCUGAGAGUGUUGCACGCCAGCAGCCCGCCGAAGAACAAAUCGCCGAGUUUAUGUUCGCAUUUUUGGGUCUGGACUCCAAGGCUUGCCGUCGUCGCUUCGUCUGCGAGAUGGAGUUCCGCUCAAAGCUGAAUCCGCUGACCAGCAUGGCAUUCCGCAUUGUUGGCCGCGGCUUCUUCGAGAAGUACACCAAUUCACGCAAUCCAUAUAAGCGAGCUACCAACUUCCAGGAGUGCGCCGCAGUGAAUCCCGACUGUGUGUUCGUGGAGAGCGCAGAGCCAGAGAUUACACCAGCUGCUGAAGAGGAAGAAUCCACAGAAGCCAGCGAAUCAACCAAUCAGGAAAGCACGGCCGAGGCCCAAAAUGAAAUCAACUUGCAGGCCGAACGUCGCCUGACGCAGCUGAAGCGUCGUCGCGGAGAUCGCAUGCUUAGCCCCAUUGCCGAACACAUUUUGACACAGUAGAACUCCAAUUACUAUUUAUUUAUUUUAUUUAUUUAAUUAUUUAUUUUAGCUAUAAGAAUGAUGAACAAAAUAAACUUGCCUCAGCUUAAAAAAA